AACGCACUUCAUCACUUGUUCGCUUCUUUCGUGCUGUUGAUUUCAAAACUUUUGCUCCUCGAUUUGCAUAAUUUGGCAUUAACUAACAAGUCAUAUUCGUUGACUUCUUAUAUAUUAAAACAUUGCUAGAUUAAUAAUGGAAAACAAACCGACGGUGCUGAUAUUGGGAGGGUGUGGAUUCAUCGGCCGUAAUAUGGUUACUUAUUUGAUAGAAAAUGAUUUGACUGAGGAAAUACGUGUAGUGGAUAAAACGCCUCCACAAAUGGCUUGGCUGAACGACCGACAUAAUCAAGCUUUUGAUAACAAAAAAGUGGAAUUUUGCAGCGCUAAUCUCAUAAAUGCCGCGUCUUGUAAGAAUGCCUUCGCCCCACACCCCAUAACAGGGCGUACGUGGGAUCUAGUUUUCAACUGUGCAGCAGAGACACGUCCAAAUCAAACAGAAGCUGUCUAUAAGGAAGGAAUACUUAAAUUAAGUAUGAAUUGUGCCCAUGAAGCAGCAAACAUAAAAGUAAAGCGAUUUAUAGAGCUAAGUUCCGGUUGCGUUAACAGUUCGGAGAAGGUGCCACAAAAGGAAGAAUGUAAGCAUGAGCCAUGGACUUCUCUGGCGAAACAAAAGUUGAAGGUCGAGCGUGAGCUUGAAACACUAAGUGAUGUGUUGGAUUAUACGGUUGUAAGACUGCCAAUCGUCUAUGGGUUAGGAGAUAAGCGCUACUUGAUGCCUCGCGUUAUUGUGGCUGCAAUAUACAAGUAUUUGAACGAGUGUAUGAAGUUGCUAUGGAAUGAGUCUAUGCGUCUUAAUACUGUGCAUGUUGAUGAUGUUUGUGCGGCGAUGUGGUUUUUAGCACUUAACCCAGCCGCUGCUGGUGAAAUAUACAACAUCGUCGAUGACGCUGAUUCAACUCAGGGAAUUAUAAGUGACAUAUUAUCGGAUGUAUUUUCAAUAAAUGUUGAUUACUUUGGCGUGGUCAUGUCGAAUUUGACAAAGUUAAGCCUCUCAGAUACAGUGAGUGAUGUAAAUGAUAAACACAUGACGCCAUGGGCGGAGAUAUGUCAAAAGAAUGAAAUCAAUAAUACACCGUUAACGCCAUAUUUAGACGAAGAGCAAUUGUAUCACAAACACUUAUAUUUAGAUAAUACAAAAUUAAAGACUGCAGGAUAUGAGUUGAUGGUGCCUAAGUUAACGCGUGAUCAUGUAAUUGAGAUCAUUGAAGAUUAUAUAAAACAAAAACUUUUUCCAAAAUCUCUAAUGGUUUAAAAUUUGCCACCACUAACUUGGUACUAAAUUAGGAAUAUAUGUGAAUUAAAUCAAUUAAAAUAAUAUAAUAUAAACUCAAGUUACUGGAUGUUAAAAAGAGUUAUUCAAAGCUGAUAUUAAUGUAACAAUUAAAGACAUUAUAAGACCUAAGUUCUUUUUGUACACAUUUAAUGUACUACGCCGAUAUGAUCUAAAGUGUACUUAUAGUAUUACUGUAAAGUAAGAUUUUUAAAUAGAAGACUAAAACGAAUUUUAACGUUUUACGUAUCUAUGUAUUCGUAUCUACUCACAUAAUUAUUUUAUCAAAAAAUUUUACAUAAAUGAUAUUUUA